UUGUGCAUCAUUAUAUGGCAUCUAUAAGAUUCGCUGAUAACACAAAGCUUAUUUCUCGAGCGAUUAUUAGUUUCAUUUCGGUGCUCAAACUGCAAAGAUGAACCGACAACGGUGUCUGUCUCUCCUUAUUCUCUUAUUCUGUGUAUUGGCUCAGCAAUGGCAAAAUGAACAAAGUUUCCAUUUGCCAGCCAAACGGAAACUUUCGGCCAGUUCUACCCACCACCCUAUGCCCCAAUCCACUGAAAGCAGUUGUGGAAGAGAUCCCCGAUCCCAGUUGUCCCCACAAAAUGUACCGUGUAGGCUACAGUCCCCAGCAUCCGCCGGUUUUCUUUGAGGUCUACAGAAGCUGUUACGACGUAGAUACUAUGACGGCGCAUUUUUCCAUUCAUUUGGUCCACAACAAAAGACUUGUCGUACCUCGUCCGGAACAAGGUUUUACCUCUGACCGCAUAUUCCCCGCCGCAGAUGCAGUCAGCUUUCAGAACAGAAUUAUCAAUCAGAGGUUCGUGGAUAUCUUUGGCACCCAGCAAACGUACAUGCCACAAAAUGAGUUGAUCUUUGCGCGCGGCCAUUUGGCGCCGGUUGGUGACUUUGUUUUUGAAAAAGACAUACGAUUGACCAGCAAGUAUAUCAAUGUGGUGGCCCAGUUCGCCUCGAUCAAUAACCAAAUGGAUGUACAAAAUUCGCCCGGCAGACAACCACGGGCACUGUAA